ACUGCAGGGUGCUGCUGCUCCUCCCCCACUCGCUCGGUCACCCCACGCUUGCUCUCGGGUCCUGCUUCCCAGAGACGCCCCUGGCUCAGCACCCAGAUGAGGCCGCUUCUGAGGUGGGGUCAACGUGGAGGCUGUUUAUGCAGGGAGCCCUCGCCGGAGUGCUGAGAUGCAACUGACUCCAGUGGCUCUUUAUGCAGGUUCUUUCAGUCCAUCCUAAAAUAAAGGAGCUGCGGGAGAAGCCCUUCAUUCCAGACAGCAGCAUUGCCGGCUCCGGGAGGUCGCUCUGGCUUUGCGAGACAGUUUGUGCUUCUGAGCCCUCGGACCUGAUCCCCCACCUGGCUCACGUGGUGUAAAAAACGAGACACUGAGGUAGGAAGCCAGAGGCUGGAUGCUUCCUGCCAGGGGCAUGAAUGAGAUCGAAAGGCCUGGGGUCUGGGCUCAUCCCCUGCUGGGAUAAGGACACCCCCAGGGAGCAGCCAUGGCUGCAGGGCCGGGGGCAGAGGGGGCCCUGGACCUGCAGUUUCAGAUCCAGGUGGAGCAGUCGGUGUGCCCCGCUGGGCUGACGGAGCAGCAGGCCUCAGCUGGGCCCGAGCCAGACGCGGGAUUGGAGCGGUCGGGCAGGCUGCCUAUUGUGGUGCAGUCCGGCACCAUUGGGGAGCUGCUGAGAUGGGUGGCGCCGCAGCAGGCCCGGUAUGCGUCGCAGAAGGAGAUGCUGCAGCACUGGGAGGACGUCUGGCAGGAGGUGCUGCAGGCCAUGCGCAUCCUCCCAGAGGUGAGGCCAGGUCUGGCCUGCAACCACAGACAUGGAGUACCAGAACUGCCGCCUCCUCCCGGAGUUGUGCCAGCACCGACUUGUGCACGUGGGUGUGAAAACCCUGCCUCCCAGGGGGGCAGAGAGUCACCGAGGGGUCUGGAGCAGGCUGGGAUCGAGCCGAAGGAGGAAACGGCACCAUGUCGAGAGGAGCAGCUGUCAGCCACGCAGACCCCUGCCGAGGUUAAGCCAACUCCAGCACCUGCAUGGAGAACCCUGGAGCUGCCACAGCUGGCCCCAGAGGACGAUAUCGAGGCCUAUCUGGCCACCUUUGAGCAGGUGGCUGACGCCUGCCAGUGGCCGAGGAGGGAGUGGACAACCCGACUGGAGCCGUACCUCACCGGGAAAGCCCAGCUGGCCUAUGGCAGCCUAGACAUCACAGAGACAAGUGACUAUGGGAAGGUGAAGGCCACCAUCCUGCGUCGCUAUGGCAUCAGCCCAGAGACACAGCGCAGGCGCUUCAGGGAAUUCUGCUACCAGGAGGCCGAGGGGCCCCAGGAGGCUUACAGCCACCUCCGGGAGCUCUGCCAUCGCUGGCUGGAGCCGCAGAGCCGAACCAAGGAGCAGAUCCUGGAGCUGCUGAUCCUGGAGCAGUUCCUGACCAUCCUGCCAGAGGAAAUUCAGGGCUGGGUCUGGGAACGUGGUCCCGAGACCGGCGCCCAAGCGGUGGCCCUGGCAGAGGGGUUCCAGUUGGGGCAGCCAGAGGCCCAGUGGCCGGGGCUACAGAUGCCGGUGCAGUUCAAGGAUGUGGCUGUGACUCUGACUGAGGCAGAGUGGUUGCUGUUGGAUGAGGAGCAGAAGCAGCUGUAUGGGACUGUCAUGCAGGAGACUUACCAGAGCAUUAGCUCACUGGGUUGUCCGGUUCGCAAACCAGCCCUGAUCUCUCAGCUGGAGCGAGGGGAGGAGCCGUGCAUCCCCGAUUCCCCAGCCCCUGAGGAGCAGGAGACCCAGAGGGACGUCCCAACAGGCACGGGGAGGGGGCUGGGCGCUGAGGAUCUGGCUGUGCAGCACCACGGGGAGGCGGAGGCACCUGUCAAAGCAGCUCCCACGCCAAAGGCCUCACCAAGGCGGCCCAAGAGGAAAGCGCCCCAGAGUCCUGGCCGGACGAGAAAGAAACCCUCUCUGGAUGGAGAAGAGCCAGCAGCCCCCUCUGAGGGUGGGAAACAGCAGCUCCCCACCUGUCCCAUGUACAUGCAACAGCUGCUUCCUUCUGUGCGCAUGCAACAGCCUUUCCUUCCUGUACGCAGGAAACAGCCACCGCCUGUUCUGCACAGGGAACAGCCGCCCUCCACUCCUGGCAGGGAACAGCCGCCCCCUCCCCUGAGCAGGGAACAGCCACCCCUUCCCCUAAGCAGGGAACAGCCGCCCCCUCCCAUGAGCAGGGAACAGCCUGUUCCUCCUGUGUGCCAGGAACAGCCGCCCCCUACUCCUGACAGGGAACAGCCGUCCCCUCCUGUGUGCCAGGAACAGCCGCCCCCUCCCCUAAGCAGGGAACAGCCGCCCCCUCCCCUGAGCAGGGAACAGCCUGUUCCUCCUGUGUGCCAGGAACAGCCGCCCCCUACUUCUGACAGGGAACAGCCGUCCCCUCCUGUGUGCCAGGAACAGCCGCCCCCUCCCCUGAGCAGGGAACAGCCGCCCCCUCCGCUAAGCAGGGAACAGCCUGUUCCUCCUGUGUGCCAGGAACAGCCGUCCCCUACUCCUGACAGGGAACAGCCGCCCCCACCCCUGCGCAGGGAACAGCCACCCUCCACUCUUGGCAGGGAACAUCCAUCCCCCUCUAUGCACAAGGAACAGCCACUCUCUCCUCUGUGCAUUGGACAGCUGCUUCCUGCCCUGCACAGGACACAGCCACACCCCACUCUCAGCCAGGCACAGCAGCCCCCUCUGUCGUCUCCCGUUAAUUCCUGCUGCACGGACCUGGUCGUGGGAGGAUCCCCUACUAGCAAUAGCCUGCCCCAGUCUAAGAGGUGCAACCAGUGCCCUGAGUGUGGCCGGGGCUUCAGGCAGAGCUCAGACCUGCAGCGGCACCGGCGCAUCCACACAGGAGAGAAGCCUUUCCACUGCCCGGUGUGCGAGAAGAGCUUCCGGCUGCAGUCCAACCUGAUCGUGCACCACCGCACGCACACCGGGGAGCGGCCCUACCAGUGCGGGGAGUGUGGCCGCGCCUUCUCGCAGAGCUCCAGCCUCCGGACCCACAGUAAGAUCCACUUGGACCAGAAACCCUAUGUUUGCUCUGUGUGCAGCAAGAGCUUCCACCACAACUCAAAUCUCGUCCUCCACCAGCGCACCCACACCGGCGAGCGGCCCUACGAAUGCAGCGUCUGCGACAAGCGCUUCAGUGACCGCUCCACUCUGGCUCAGCACCGACGUGUCCACACGGGAGAGCGCCCCUACGCCUGCCCUGAGUGCGGGAAGUGCUUCAGCCAGGCCUCACACCUGGUCAAACACCGACGCACCCACGCGGGGCCCUGCACCGUGCUGGCCGGGGACACAGCUGUCCCCCAGAAUAGGCCUGGCACAGGGGAGAAGAGAGACACUCCUAGACACAGACCAGACAGAGGGGUAGAAAGAGCCGCCCCCAGAGACAGGCCAGCCGAGGACAGAGCUCCUUCCAGACAUGGGCCGGGAAUGGGGGAUGAGAGAGCCACUCCCCAAAAUGGCCCUGGUACAAGACAGGAGCGAGACACCCCCAGACAUGGGCUGGGCACAGCGGAGGAAAGACAGCAUGGUAAGAUGUGCUGUCUCUGAAAGACGUUUUGGCAGGGAGAAGGAGAGAGAGGCCUCAAAAGACACAUCAGCCACAAGGAAGGACACAACUACCACCAGUCACACACCAGGCAUAGGUAUGGUGAAAGCAGCAACAAAAACCAUGUUGGCUACAGGGAAGGAAAGAUCGACCCCCCAAACCUGGGGCCGAUGAGAGGAGAGCUGCCCCUCAAAAUGGGCUGGGCAUGGGGGAGGACAGAGCCACCCCAGACCAUGCCACAAAGAAUGCCAAACAAAAGAUGCACCAGCCGUGGAUGAGGAGAGAGGAGCCCUGAAAGAUGCACUGAAGGCGGCGAAGGACAAAGCAGCAACAAAAGAUGCAUCAGUAGAGGGGAAGGGAGAAUCACCCAGAAACUUGCUUCAGAUGGGGAGGAGAGAGAGGCCUCAAGAGACAGUCUGACCACAGGGAAGGGGAGAGCCGCCCCCAAACCCGCACUGGCCACGGGGAAGGGGAGAGCCGCCUUGAAACGUGCUCCAGGUACACAAGGCCCAGACUCCAGGGUUGCCCUCUCAUGUCACUGCAUGGUACGGACAGGGAUGACUCAUUGGGGGGUAGAGCCUGUGGGGAGCCCUGUCACUGAGCAGUAGGGUUGGGGAUGGCUCAUAGGAACAUGCAUUAAGCUGGGGGUUCACAGACCAGGUGUGAAACCCCAUCAAUGUGCAGGUGGGCAGUAAUGCCAAUGCCAUAGGCUCACACUUAGGCAGCAAGGGAGAAGCUGGCCUGGUGGGGGAUGCAGUUACAGCUCAGAGGGGACGGGCAGCACGAAGGCACUUCUGGCACUGCAGAGAGGCCCCGCUGGACCCAGAGCUGGUGGAGCGAAUGGCUGGCACUUAACAUGCAACCACAGACAUCUCUGUGUAGGGAGCUAAAACCUGCUAAAAACAGAAAUAUGUUCAGGUUCUUGCCAGAAAUGGUCUGUUAUCAGGUGUUUGGUUUUCUAACAGAAAGUAGCUCUGUAGUGCAGUGAGUUGAUGUCCCCUCCCCAAGAGCACAAUUGUAGAGGUGCCAGGCAUAUCUCCAUAUAGUCUUAUCCCGAUCUCAUAGAACUAGAAGGGACCCUGAAAGGUCAUUGAGUCCAGCCCUCUGUCUUUACUAGCAGGACCAAGUACUGAUUUUGCCCCAGAUCCCUAAGUGGCCCCCUCAAACCCAGGGUUGUGAGUUCAAUCCUUAGCAGGCCAAUGCUCAAACCACUGAGCUAUCGUACCCAAUGAGUGGGGGAUGAUGUUACAGAGGUGGCAAAAGGGACUGUCAUGGAGUCACUCACCACACUGGCGCCUCCUGCUGGGCAUUUUGGGAAUUAGCUCAGUCCCAGCAGGUGCACCCUUGGGUGGUGGUGGGACUCCCAUCCUUGCCUCUGCUUGCAAGCCCCUAAAUGGCUCCUUUCUGCUCGGCAUCUACUUUGUGGCGCAGCCCCCCGGCCGUGUCACCAGCCGGUUUCCCCCCGUUCUGGGGAACUCCUCCAACAAGAGUCCAGCCACUCCUCACAGUGGCUUGGCAGUCCACAGCCGGGCAGCUAGUGGGGGAGGGGGGCAGGUCUGCUCACUACUCUGGGCCCCAGCAAACAGCAGCUUCUUGCUGCCUCUUCCUUCCAGCCCACUGUCUCUAUUCCAUGAGCCACUUUCCCGCAGCCUCAGUUCCUCCUGCUCCUGCUCCUGCCUCUGGCUCCAGCUCCUUUGCUCUCUUCCCAGAGCCUUGAGCCUGUAAGUCCUGGCAGCCCGUCAGGAGCUCUCCCUAGCUCCCCCGGUCCCUGCUAGCACCUGCCCUUCCCCAGGUGCUGGUCUCUCUGUAGCCAGUGCACCCUGUCACAGUGACAUACAGAGGAUAUACCAUCCUCCUGCUCUUAAGCAGAGGGGACCACUGGGCCCUCUAAGAUACCGCACAGGCAUCCACAUCACCAGCAUCAGCAGAGCUUCCCAGUUACGAGAGCAAGCAAACCAUUUGUGUUCUAAAUAAAUUCAUAGCCUAGGCUCCACAAUAACCUUAACUCUGACCCCAGCCCAACUCAUGAGACUAUGACACCAUGUGUCAUGACAUACUAGUGGCUUAUGAGACUUCAGGGAGUAAGCAGGUCUGUUCUCAUGCUGCUUCUGCAUGUGCCGGAAUUGAGAGGCGAGGUGUUUGGGUUUGUUGCUGUCGCUGAGGCUGAAGUGGACGCAGGGUCCAUGCAGAAGCCGGUGGGUUGUUGCUUCGAUCUACAACACAGUUGUUGAUGGAAUUUCCAAUGUGAGACUCCAAAUCCUUCAAUUCAGAGCUAAGAUUGUUUUGAGGACCCUUAACUAUGUAUUUCUUGACUUUCAAAACUUUGGGUUGCUGGAUUAUUUUUUGUUAGCUUUGAAUUUCCAGCAUUUUAUAGAAAAAUACAGUUUGUUAUAAUAUGGUUGUCUCAUCUUAAUUGUUAACUAUUUACAGUCAAGUGUGUAUCUUAACACAGUUCUUUGGGAAUUUCCUGUGUUUGGUUUUUGUUGGGUUUUGAAAAAGAAUUGUAAGACACAUGUGACAAUUUACUGUAGAUGAUUAUAUCUCCCCAAUAGUGAGAUUAUGGGAUGGAGCCAGCUUCUGGAAACCCUGACUCCGGUGACUAGAUCCCACUCAGAGGGCCUGAUCCAAAACCCUUUGAAGGUCAAUGGAAAGACUUAACUGGGCUUUGGAUCUAAUAUCUAGAUCUCCUUUGCUGCAGAUUAAGCCCUUUCCUUCUUGUCCCAGCCUGAGUGUACAUGUGCAUGAGUUAUGUAAGAUUUACUGAUUUACCAAGAUGAGCGCUGCCCUGACAGUUGAGAAGCGAGUGGCGAUAGCCCUGUGGAAGCUUGCAGUGCCUGACUGCUACCGGUCAGUCAGGAAUCAAUUUGGAGUGGGCACAUCUACUGUAGAGACUGCUGUGAUCAAGUAGUCAAUGCAAUCACUGACGUUCUGCUAUCAAGGGUAGUGACUCUGGGAAAUGUGCAGGUCAUAGUGGAUGGCGUUGCUGCAAUGGGAUUCCCAAACUCUGGUGGGGCGAUAGACAGAACGUAUAUCCCUAUCUUGGCACCGGA